GGCUCAGAGACUCAGCGAGUCAGUAGGACUGUUCGCAUUCCGGAUUUUAACAUCGAGCUGCUGCCUUUCUAACUGACCACUCUUAUGGAAGCUUUGCUCAGGAUUUGAGUGACCUUCAUAAUCCUCCACUAUAGUGGCCUCUCCUGACAGCACAAUGGCCACUGGAGUAGAGGAAAAUUGGCCAGUCCCAAUGCGAGCGAUUGGGGCUCAGAACCUUCUCACCAUGCCAGGAGGGGUUACACAAUCUGGCUACCUCCAUAAGAAAGGAGGAUCCCAGUGGAAGAUCAUGAAGUGGCCACUGCGAUUUGUUAUCAUUCACAAGGGCUGUAUUUAUUACUUCAAAUCCAGCACUGCGGCCUCUCCACAGGGAGCUUUUUCCCUGAAUGGGUACAACAGAGUUAUGAGAUCAACAGAGGAAACAACAUCAAGCAACGUGUUUCCUUUCAAAAUCAUCCACGUUAAUAAAAAACAUAGAACCUGGUACUUUUCAGCAGCAUGCGAGGAGGAAAGAAAGAAAUGGAUGAUGGGUUUGCGAAAAGAAAUUGAUCGUUAUCAUGAGAAGGCAGACGUGCAAGGAAAUCUGAGUGACUGCUGUGAUUCCGAGAAGUUUUAUGGCUCAAUAGAGCGUCCUGUACAGAUAAAGUACACAGCAAGAGGAUCAGAAUCUGGAGAUUAUGCAGAUGAUGAUGAGGAGGAAGAAGAGGAGGAGGAGGAGGAGGAGGAGGAUGACUACCUGAGACCAGAUGGACUCUCUGUAAGCCUAAAAUCAGAAGGUGUUCACCCCAUGUUGAAUUCUCCAAUUCAGCUGGAAAGGAGCAAUAAAAAACCGCUACCUCCUUUGCCACCUCCUACACAAAGACGCAUGUCCCAUGGGUUGGUUGUAAUUAAAGAAGAUUUAUCAAGUUCACUACAAGACCGUUUGCCUUCUCCUUCCUCUACAAAAACUGAAGUCAAUGCAUUGUCCAAAUGUCUUUCUCCCAAAGCUUCUCCAAGCUGUCCAACUCCACCUAGUGUACAUUUAAAAUCUGCUUCAGGUGGAAAGGAGCAACACUGGAGAUAUUCAGAAACUACAAGCUCUGAUGUCAAAGUGAAAAGUACAUUUGCAAUGGAGUUAAAUAAGCAUUUACAACAGACAACUGGAAAAGAGACAUCACUUGAUGAUGUAUCCCCUUCUGUGCUCUUCUUCAAAGGACCUAACUCUGGACCUCCUUCCACAUCCACGAGCAAAGCAUCUAGCACUGUACCUCCUCCAGUGCCUAUAAACAAAGGAACUAACAUUAUACCUCCUCCAGUGCCUAUAAACAAAGGAACUAAUAUUAUACUUCCUCCAGUGCCUUUAAACAAAGGAACUAACAUUAUACUUCCUCCAGUGCCUUUAAACAAAGGAACUAACAUUAUACCUCCUAUGAACAAAGGAGCUUGCACUGUACCUCCUCCAGUGCCUAUGAACAAAGGAGCCAGCACUGUACCUCCUCCAGUACCAAUGAACAAAGGAGUUAGCACCGUACCUCCUCCAAUGCCUAUAGACUAUGGAGCCAGCACUGUGCCUCCUCCAGUACCUAUGAACAAAGGAGCUAGUGCUGUACCUCCUUCAGUGCUCAUGAACAAAGGAUCUAAUGCUGCACCUCCCCCACUGCCUGUGAAUAAAGGAUCUAAAGCUGGAUAUACAAUAUUUAUGAGCAAAGAACCAAGCACUGAAUCUCCUUCAAUCCUCAUGACAAAAGGAUGUAAUGAUGGAUCCCCUCCUGUGCUAAUGUCCAAAGGAUCCAAUGCAAGCCACCCUCCAUUACCAACAAACAAACCCAUUUUGUCACCAAUUCCAUCUGAACCUGUACAGGUUAAGCCUAAACUAUAUAAACCAGAACUAUUGCCAAAAGGAACUUCAGCCUUGACCAAGCAACCACCUCCUGUUAAACCUAAGUUUCAAGAAUAUGGUGCACAUCUGGCAAAACCCUUACACCGCUCAUCUCCUGAAGGACGCAGUUUUCGGUCAGCUGAAACUGAAAAGCCAGUUCCUCGACAAAGAUCUCAAUCACAGCCAUCACAGAGUCACAAAUCUGAGUAUAAUGAUGCUGAUGAUGAUUACGAAAAUGUGCAGCUGCCACCCUCUGUAUUUGUAAAUACAACAGAAUCCAAUGAUGUUGAGAGGUUAUUCAUAUCUACAAAUCCCAGAUCCAACCCAGAGAAUGGAUUGUACUGUAUACGAAAUUCUUCAAAGUCAGGACAGGUUUUAGUUGUAUGGGAUGACUCAGAGAAGAAAGUGAGGAACUACAGAAUUUUUGAAAAGGAAUCCAAGUUCUUUCUGGAAUCCGAUGUAAAGUUUGUAUGCCUCGCAAGUAUGGUUGAGUUUUACCAUAAGCACACACUCCCAAUACAUGAUAAUUUACGUCUUAGAGUGCCUUAUGGCUAUAAGCACCCAUCAUGACAUUAACUCUUCAUAUGCUGCCUCUUUGAACGUGAAACAAAUAAAAAUGAUCGACAAAACAAAUUAAACUGCACAUUAAAAACUUGAAGAUGAUUUAAGCAACACUGUUUUAGAAGAAGGCAGAAAGAGAGAAGAAACAGAACUGUUGUACAUUGCAUCAGCUAUUGUAACAGGAGAACCUGGAAAGCUGUGAAGUAUCACUUUAUCAAAACAAAAAGUCUGUAAUGACUUAUGCUGACUUCUCUCAUAUUUCUGUGUCACAGAGAAAAGAUAUUGGCAAUUGUCUGAACUGGGAUGCAUCGUUCCCUUUUCUAGUUGUGAAGCACUUUCUGCUCAGAAUCCUGACCAUUCAGAGAUAACUGGGGAAUCACCUGGGCUCUUUAUUGUCAUUUAUUAUCAACAUCCACCUCAAGUCCAGAGUUCUGAAGAAGGGUCAGUCAACCUGAAACAUUAACUCUGAUUUCUCUCCACAGAUGCUAGCUGUUCCAGCAAUUUCUGUUUUUGUCUCCAGAGUAUUACAAUUUAGUUUGCCUUUUCAGCACUGAUCUACCAUAUUGAUUAAUAAUCCUGUAAUUGGACUCCUUAUACAUUCCUCAAUUAGCAGUCAGGAUUUCCUGCAUAUUAAAAGGAAUUCCAAGAUGGGAGAAAAUGUUUUGAGAAUCUUAAAGCAUUCUUCGGUUUGUACAACAUUAAGUGACUAGAAGAUGGGAUAUAGAUGCCAGCACAAGCACCAAGUAUUUGUAGAUUUGCUGUUAUAUUUUAAUAAGUUUUUAUUUACUUACCUUCUGAAUAUGACAUAGAAUAUAAUGCACAGAAAUAAGCAACUUGGCCGAUUAGUCUGUGCUUGUUUUCAUAUUCCACAAGUCUCUUAUUCCAUCUACGUUAUCUCAGCCUUUCAGUAUAUUUCCUAUCCCUUUUUCUCAAAUAGGGGCAGCAGGAUGGCUCAGUUCUUAGUGCUGCUGCCUCACAAUGCCAGGGACCUGAGUUCAAUUCCAGUUUUGAGUGAUUGUCUGUGUGGAAUUUACACAUUCUCCCCAUUUCUGCUGGGUGCUCCAGUUUUCUCCCACUGUUCAAAGAUAUGCAGGUUAAAUGGGUUAGCCAUGGUAAAUGUGGAGUUACAGUGAUGGGGUGGGGGGCUGACUUUGGGUGAAAUGCUUUUCAGGGGGUCUUUGUGGACUCAGUGGGCCAAAUGGCUUCUUUCUGCACUGUAGGGAUUCCACAAUUCAAUGAAAUAAUAUGAUGGAUGAGUAUAUUAGGAAUAGUAGUAGUCCAUUUGGCCCCUUUAUCAUGUUUUAGGAUUCAAUAAGAUCACGGCUGAUCGAACUCAAUCAUGAUAACUCAAUUUUUCUGCCUGCCCCCUAUAAACCUCCAUUCUCUAGUAGAUCAAAAAUUAUGUCUGAAAUGAAUAUAUUAAAUGACCCAGCGUCCACUUCUAUCUGGGUCAAGAGUUCCAAAAGAGAUGAUUUUGAGAACAAAUUCUUUCUCAUCUCAUUCUUAAAUGGAAGACCCCUUAUUUUAAAACUGUUGUUUUCCCCACAAGAGGAAGUAUGGUCAGCAAAUAUCUUCCCAAGACCCCUCAGAAUCUUUCAGAGUUAAUAUUUCGGGUCUGCUGACCCUUCCGCAGUUCUUUUGGCUUUUAUUUCCCUUAGAAUCUUGUUAUGUUUCAAUAAUAAUCACCUCUCAAUCUUCAAAACUCCAAAUAGUACAGGCCCAAACUGCUCAACCUUUCCUCAUAAGACAACCUUUCUUUGUAAAAAUCAACAUAAUGAACUUUCUGCACCUCCAAGUACAUUCCUUGUUAAAUAAGGAGACCAAAACUAUGUGCAAUUCUCUGGUAGUGGACUUGAUUGACUAUUGUAAUUACAUUUUCCCACUUUUAACUUUAUUUUCAUUUUAAUAAAGCCCACUAUCCUUUGGGAGAGAUCUGAGCUACUUUCCCCAACCAUUUCCUGAAGUACACAAUACAAAUUCAAACCAUUUUCUAAGUUUUAAAAAAAAAUUCUUUAUUUGCAAACUCUUUUUUAGUAAUUUAUUAGUUACUGUGUUGUAUUCAUGGAUUCUAGUUGUGUAUUCUCCCACAAGUGGAUACAUCCUGUCCAUAUCUACUUUGUCCAUCCAAUUGUUAAUUUAGAGUAUCAAGAAUGCCAGUCCAAGCUGAGGGGAUGAAAGCUGACUUCAUCCAAAGAGAUAGACAUAACAAGAUGUGGAGCUGGCUGAACACAGCAGGUCAAGCAGCAUCAUAGGAGCAGGAAAGCUGAUGUUUCGGGCCUAGACCCAAGCACCUCAUUGCAGUUUCUGGCAGAUAUUGGAUUUUCUACUUCCUACCAUAGGAAUAGGGAGACAAAUUUUAGCAGUUCUUUUGCUACUUAAACUGAGGUCAGCUUGUUGAGCAUAGAGCAGAGGCUGAAUCUGGGACCCAUGUGUAAGGGCUAACAAGGUGUAG